AGCCGGAGACCCAAUCCCGGCCAAGGCUUCGGGGUGGGGCACUGGAGAGGCAAUAGGGCAAUGCCUCCGGGGUUUCCGGCCCGGCCGAGACUCCAGUUUAAGGUGGCAGAGCAGAGGCUCAGCCCACCGCUGCCUCGGGCACCCCCAGCUGUCUUGUUUGUCUCCAAGUCCGGCCGGAACCGGCUUCUGCUCGCCGCCGGGCAGGCUGGUGCCUGCUGAUUGGCCAACGCCUGUUUCCAGCCCCAUUCAGCCAAUCAGCGUGUGGCAGUGUUUUCAUCUUGGAGUCAGAAUAAAAGGGCUGGAAUAAAAGGGGGCAGAAAAAGCGCCGGCCGGGCCCGAUACACACGAGUAGGAGCCGGGUGGCUGCAGAACCGGAGCCUGGCCGCCUCGCCACACCAUGGCGCCCACCUUGGCCACUGCCCAUCGGCGUCGCUGGUGGAUGGCCUGCACGGCCGUGUUGGAAAACCUCUUCUUCUCGGCAGUCCUCCUGGGCUGGGGCUCACUGCUCAUCAUGCUCAAGUCGGAGGGCUUUUAUUCCUACCUGUGUACUGAGCCAGAGAAUGUCACCAACAGCACAGAGAAUGAGGAGGUGAGCUGGAUGAAUGGCUGGCUCAGCUGCCAGGCCCAGGACGAGAUGCUGAACUUGGCCUUCACCGUGGGCUCCUUCCUGCUCAGUGCCAUCACUCUGCCCCUGGGCAUCGUCAUGGACAAGUACGGCCCCAGGAAGCUCAGGCUGCUGGGCAGUGCCUGCUUUGCCGUCUCCUGCUUGCUGAUUGCAUAUGGAGCAAGUAAUCCAAACUCGCUCUCUGUGCUCAUUUUCAUCUCGCUGGCUCUGAAUGGCUUUGGAGGGAUGUGCAUGACUUUUACCUCAUUAACACUGCCCAAUAUGUUUGGUGACCUUCGGUCCACGUUUAUUGCCUUGAUGAUUGGUUCUUAUGCCUCCUCAGCAGUCACCUUCCCAGGAAUAAAGGUCAUCUACGACUUUGGUGUCUCCUUCAUCACCAUCCUUGUGGUCUGGGCAGGCUGCUCUGGGCUGGUUUUCCUCAACUGCUUCUUUAACUGGCCUCUGGAACCCUUCCCGGGGCCAGAGGACAUGGACUACUCGGUGAAGAUCAAGUUCAGCUGGCUGGGCUUUGACCACAAGAUCACAGGGAAACAAUUCUACAAGCAGGUGACCACAGUGGGGCGCCGCCUCAGCGUGGGGAGCUCCAUGAGGAGCACCAAGGAGCAAGCGGCACUGCAGGAAGGCCACAAGCUGUGCCUGUCCACUGUCGACCUGGAGGUGAAGUGCCAGCCAGACGCCGCAGCCGCCCCCUCCUUCAUGCACAGCAUAUUCAGCCCCAUCUUGCUGCUCAGCCUCGUCACCAUGUGUGUCACACAGCUGCGGCUCAUCUUCUAUAUGGGCGCCAUGAACAACAUCCUGAAGUUUCUGGUCAACGGCGACCAGCAAGUAGUUGGCCUCUACACCUCCAUCUUCGGCGUGCUCCAGCUGCUCUGCCUGCUGACAGCGCCCAUCAUCGGCUACAUCAUGGACUGGAGGCUGAAGGAGUGUGAAGACGCCUCUGAGGAGCCCGAGGAGAAAGACACCAGCCAAGGUGAGAAGAAGAAGAAACGGGACCGGCAGAUCCAGAAGGUCACCAACGCCAUGCGGGCUUUUGCCUUCACAAACCUGCUGCUCGUGGGCUUUGGGGUGACCUGCCUCAUUCCCAACCUGCCUCUACAGAUCCUCUCCUUCAUCCUGCACACAAUUGUGCGAGGAUUCAUUCACUCCGCCAUCGGGGGCCUGUACGCCGCUGUGUACCCUUCUACCCAAUUUGGCAGCCUCACAGGACUGCAGUCUCUGGUCAGCGCACUCUUCGCCCUCCUGCAACAGCCCCUGUUUCUGGCCAUGAUGGGUCCCCUCAACGGAGACCCUCUUUGGGUGAAUGUGGGGCUGCUUGGCGUCAGCAUGCUGGGGUUCUGCCUUCCCCUCUACCUCAUCUGGUACCGGAGCCAGCUGGAGAAGCAGCUGCAGCAGAAGAGGGAAGACGACAAGCUUUUCCUCAAGCUCAAUGGCUCAUCCAACCAGGAGGCUUUCGUGUAGUGCCCAUACCUCAGAACUGUGACCUCCUGCCCUUGCUUCAGUGACUCAUCAGUGUCCUCCUCCCCACCCCAGAGGACCUCCAUGCACCCCCAGGAACCUCUCCUUCAACAUAUGGAAGUCCAUGCUCCUUCCCAGGGCCUUGGUCCUGCAGCUCUGCUAUGGAAGGACGGGAGAGGGCUUGGACAUGUGAUUCUCCCAUUGCUGGAAACAGGGGCUGCCUUAGGCUUUGCUCUGCCACGUUUGAGGAGCCCUGGAGCCUUGAGGCUCCAUGGUGCCUGCAGGAGGAGCCAGGAGGACCCCCAGCAGACAGGCUCUCACCCUCAAGUAUCUGGAUUCUGCCUCUUGCCAAAGCAGAGGGGUCUGCCAUCCACUGUCCACCAUCUGCCCCUCGGCUGCAUGCCCGCUGACCACGCCUGCCUGAGGACAAAGGCUUGCACUGUCUGCACCCCCCUCGCCUGGCCCCUCACCUCCCCCCUGGCCAGUCUGAAGCUGCCUGAGGAAGGAAGGACCCGCUUCCUGUUGUUGGUGCUAACUCCUUUGUAAUUCCAGCCCCCUGUGGCCUGUCCGUGACCUGUCCUCCCAGUAGAGGCCUGUGGAGAAGCCCCCCUGGCUUAAAGCCUGGGGAGGGGAUGGAGGGCGGCAUGGUCAUAGGAGGC